CGAUGAUUGAUCUGCUUCCACCAGCCAUCAACAUGCCAAAUGCGCAAUAAUUCACAGUUGAAAUCAAACCCAACAUGGGAGAUACACCUUUACUAGACCAUAUCGUGGUCCUUGUCCCGCACUCUUUUCUCACAACCCCGCCCUCCUGGUUCGCCAAUCUAUUCACCUUCUACCCGGGCGGCCGGCACGCCGAAGGCCUCACCGAGAACACGCUCGUUUUGUUCGCUGAUGGGUCUUACAUCGAGUUCAUCGCCUUCGUGCCGGGCAUUGAUCCCGCAAAGAGAGCAACACACAGAUGGGGCCGGAAGAAGGAAGGGACGGUCAUUGAUUGGGCUUUUACUCUGCGAAAGAAUGAUGCAUUUCCAAAUAUCCAGAGAAAGGUCGAGCAUACUAGCACUGGUAUCAAGUACUCGGAUCUUAUACCGGGCGGCAGGAUUCGACCCGAUGGGGAGGUUCUGCAGUGGAAGAUUUCGUCGGCUUUGAAAAGGGACAAUGAUGGUCAAGAGAAUGGCUCGAUCGAACCUGGUCAAUUACCCUUUUGGUGCUUGGAUGUCACGCCUCGGGAGCUACGCGUACCAUAUAAGGAUCAAGUUUUUACAAAGCAUCACAGUGGCGCCGUCGGUACCGCUAUCAUACACAUACGCCCUCGUGAAGCCUCUGGGACUCAAGGACUGGAGGGUGUCUAUGAAGCACUGCUUGAGAAAGGGAAGACAUCUUCAACAUGGACUGUGGAUACUUUGGCGGGCGACGGCCUCCAUUAUGGAGCACAGGUACUUUUGGAUUCGAAAGGGGUUGCCGAUGGCCCUGAAACAUCAAUAUCGUUCUUCACAGACUCGUCAGAAUUUGUUGGCCGCACGAUUGGUGGAGAGGUCAAUGACCUCAAGCUGGAGUUUGGGUUUGUCGCCUCCAAGGGUUAGCUGCCCAGACCUUCAUCCACAGACAAGGCAUGUAUGUUACGCCGCUAUUAUAUCCACAAUAUUACUAGUUAAAUACAAAAUCGUAUACAUCGUAG